AUGCCACAGAAAAAGCAAGAUACAAGCCGCUGCAAAAAGGCCUUCACCACAAGCGCGCUAGUGUACUGCGCAGUCAACGCAGGGGCCAACAUUCAAUUUGUACGGAGCAAAAUGUCGCACUGCUCUCUCAAGGUACUUCGUGGAGAAGAGGUUGUAUGGGUAGAGUCCUUUAGAAAGGACUCCAAUGACGACUUUGUUCGUGCGUCGGACAUCUUUUCUGACAAGAUGAGUGUUCUCGUCGAAGACGCUCGUUCCAAGAAGGUCACCAGUUUAGUCGUUACAAAGGAACGAAUUCAUCAAAUUGCGUUGUCCCAAUGUGUGGAUCACACAGAGAAAUGGAAGGACUUAGAUUACAAUCAAGACUGUCGAAACAAAGAGGCGUGUUUUGUCAACUACCUUGCUUUGAAUUUGGUCCAGAGGGGUUACUCCUUAAUAACAAAUGUCACCAGAAUCAAACCAUCUAAGAAGACUGCCCAUUUCUUCAUCUGGAACAAAAUUAUAACUCCAGAAAAUGUUGUUAUCAACGUCGCAGAAUCUCAACUCCUGUCGUCCUUUAUCAAACACAUCGAGUCAACACUUGUCCGGUCGAGAUCUGCUUGGGUUCAGUCAAACACAUUACCGGGGGACUUUUCAGAACACUUGACGUUGUCCGAGAAGUCAUUGUCUGCUGAGCCACAAGUCGACGAGGACUCGCUCUCUGUCCAAACACCAAGCGCGUUCAAGCCGAUUGAAAGCUCUCAAUACUUUGUGUUCCAGAAUACUUCUGUGGACACUCUUUCGCACCCUUUCUUACACCAAACUUUCGCAUAA